UUGGUGCAUUUAGAAGCAUCCUAAGGUAAUCGCUGAAGGUUCAAACAUGUAAGUGCAACAAACGGUCAUUAUCAAUUCGAUGGGAAAGUCCAACGGUCAUGAUGACGACUGUGAUCGCUAGCGACCCGGUCAACGCUUGGAAAUUCCUAGCGGCUUUAAGAUCCAAAACUUGAUUAAAAAAACGAAAUGGCUUGCCUCGUUUACUUGGGCAGAACGUAAACAGCUUUCAGAGACCAAAACACAAACACCUUCAACGCACAAAGACACACAGAUAGAGAUAGAGAGAGAGAGAGAAUGGUGCUGUGGGAGAUCGCGUUGGCGACUUCGUAUUUCUUGGGCCUGAAACGAACUCACAGACUCUCGCUCAGGCUUCAGCGGCGCCUCAUCAGUCCUAAGUAUCCCAAGACCCGUCAAUUUGUCCAAAGUCGAACACGCACUGUAUUUGAUGCAGUAGUCAAGAUUCAGCGGAACAUACAGGAGAAAGACAAAGAAGUUCGUCAAAAUUUUGGGAACUGGAUUCUACAAUGGAUGAAAUCGUCAGAUCAGAUACAGGUUCAUCCCCUUGCAAUGCCAUCACCCAGUGCUAGCUCAAGCAUGAGUUGGACAAAGCAGCAGGCAACCAAAAUUUCCUCCCAACUGAAAACUCAUGGGAGCAUCCACACAUUAAGAAAUCGUUUAUCUGAUAGGCUUCAAUCUACCAGGUUGAAGAGUUUGUGGAAUAAUAAACCCUUUCAUGGCAUUGCAAUGAUGAUGAGACUACCAACGCCCGCUGCUGUUAAAAUGACCCAGUAUAGGAACUUGUUCAUCAAUGGACCUGAAGCUGUAAGAAGAUUGAACUAUACCAGAGGUGGGUUUGAGGGUGGAGUCAUUCGGAGGGAUAUUGGGCAGUGGAUGCUGCAAAACUGAUCAAGUGAAAGAAUGAUGUUCUUCUACUCGUUGUUUUCUAUGGAGUCGAAGAAUGAAUGUUGGGUAUAUUUUUAUACAUGUUGAUGACAUAUCUGACUUCUGUUAGUUAUGUUUUUCUGACACAGAUUCUUUUUUAUUUUUUAUUUUUAUUUUUUAUUUUUUAAACUUAUCCAAAUUGUCUUUUUAGGUAUCUUCGAAUAACUUGACUUUCUGUAGUAAGCUUUUAGUAUAUUUUGCUCGAAUGAUGGAUGUUUGCUGCA